GUAUAUGCUCUGUUGUAAAAGGUUUGAUUGUUUUGAGCUGCUUUUCAUCCGGGAGCACGUGUCACGUGUUUAACAGGAGUUUCGUGGGGGAGCACGUGUUCCAACAGGCGUUUCCAUCGUCGUGUUUUGAAGCAGCUGCCUCUGGUUGCAGACGCUGGGCUAGCACUUCUAGCGGGACAGGCCUGAGCUCGCAGCGGCCGGGACCGAGCUGGCAGCACCAGCAGGCAAUGCGUCACCUCUAGAUUCCAGAAAGAAAUUGGAAAUUGAAGAUUUAAGGAUAGAAUGUUGUUUUAUAGUAUUCUCACUCACUUCAAAGAACACAUGCCAGAAACUUAAAAAGGGGCUGCACUGAGAGGCUGGCCCUGGAUCCUGAUUGCCCUUCUGCCAGAGAGACACAUGCAGCCAAAGAUGAAUUUGGGGAAAGCAGCCACUUGCUUCUUGAACCAUGGAAAAGCAGGGCUGCAGUGAGAUGGAAAUAGUCUCAUCAGAGUCUCACUCCUUCAUCAAGUUGUUGAAAGUCAACCGGGAGCAUCUGGUCACUCACAUCCGAAACACUCAGUGUCUGCUGGACAACUUGCUGCAGAAUGACUACUUCUCCACCGAGGAUGCAGAGAUCGUGUGUGCCUGCCCCACUCAGCCCGACAAGGUCCGCAGAAUUCUGGACCUGGUACAGAGCAAGGGCGAGGAGGUGUCGGAGUUCUUCCUCUACGUGCUCCAGCAGCUCGCAGAUGCGUAUGUGGAUCUCAGGCCUUGGCUGUCAGAGGUCGGCUUCUCCCCUUCCCCGCUCAUUCAGAGCAAAGCUGUUGUCAACACUGACCCAGUGAGCAGAUAUACUCAGAAGCUGCGGCAGCAACUGGGCCGGGACUCCAAGUUCAUUCUGUGCUAUGCGCAGAAGGAGGAGCUGUUGUUGGAGCAGAUGUACACGGACACGGUGGUGGAGCUGGUCAACUUCAACAACGAGAGCCUGGGCAGCCUGGACAGCCUGGCCUGCCUGCUGGACGCAUCCACGGGCGUCCUCAACGAGGAGGGUGAGACCAUCUUCGUGUUUGGCGAUGCAGGCAUGGGCAAGUCCAUGCUGCUGCAGCGGCUGCAGAGCCUCUGGGCAGCGGGCCAGCUGGACCCAGGGAUCAAGUUCUUCUUCCACUUCCGCUGCCGCACCCUCAGCUGCUUCAAGGAGAGCGCGGCACUGUGUCUGCAGGACCUGCUUUUCAAGCAUUACUGCUACCCAGAGCAGGACCCCGGGGAGGUUUUCGCCUUCCUGCUGCGCUUCCCCCAUGCGGCCCUCUUCACCUUCGACGGCCUGGACGAGCUGCACUCAGACUUCGACCUGAGCAGCGAGCCCGACACCUCCUCCCCUUGGGAGCCCGCCCACCCGCUGGCCCUGCUGGCCAGUCUGCUCAGUGGGAAGCUGCUCAAAGGGGCGCGCAAGCUGCUCACGGCGCGCACGGGCGUCGAGGUCCCGCGACAUCUCCUCUGGAAGAAGGUGCUCCUGCGCGGCUUCUCCCCCAGCCACCUGCGCGCCUACACGGGGAGGAUGUUCCCCGAGCGCGCCACGCGCCAGCGCCUGCUGGAUCAACUGGAGGCCAAUCCCAACCUCUGCAGCCUGUGCGCGGUGCCCCUCUUCUGCUGGAUCAUCUUCCGGUGCUUCCAGCACUUCCACGACGCCUUUGAGAGCUCCCCGCAGCUGCCUGAUCUCACGGUAACGCUGACGGACGUCUUCCUGUUGGUCACCGAGGUCCACCUGAACAGGACGCAGCCCACCAGCCUGGUGCAGCAGAACACGCGGAGCCAGACGGAGACCUUCCGCGCCGGCCGGGACACCCUGUGCUCGCUCGGCCGGGUGGCUCACAGGGGCAUGGAGAAGAGCCUCUUUGUCUUCAACCAGGACGAGGUGCAGGCGUCCGCGGUGCGGGAGGGGGACCUGCAACUGGGCUUCCUUCGGGCCGUGCCGGAGCUGGACCUCGGAGGGGAACAGGAGUCCUAUGAGUUCUUCCACCUGACCCUCCAGGCCUUCUUCGCUGCCCUCUUUCUAGUGGUGGACGACAAGGUGGGCACUCGGGAGCUGCUAAGGUUCUUCCAGGAGUGGACUCCUCCCGGGGAGGCUGUGGCCACAUCGACCUGCUAUCCUCCUUUUCUCCCCAUCCAGUGCCUGGGGGGCCACAGCCUGCAUGGGGAAGACCCCUUCAAGAACAAGGAUCACUUUCAUUUCACCAACCUCUUCCUGUGCGGGCUGUUGUCCAAAGGCAAACAGAAACUCCUGCGGCAUCUGGUGCCCGCCGCUGCCCUGCGGCGAAAACGCAAGGCCCUGUGGACUCACCUGUUCGCCAGCCUGCGCUCCCACCUGAAGAACCUGCCCCGGGUUCAGUCUGGGGGCUUCAACCAGGUGCAGGCCCUGCCUACCUUCAUCUGGAUGUUGCGCUGCAUCUACGAGACGCAGAGUGAGAAGGUAGGGCAGCUGGCGGCCAGGGGCAUCUGCGCCAACUACCUCAAACUGACCUUCUGCAAUGCCUGCCCGGCUGACUGCAGUGCCCUCUCCUUCGUCCUGCACCACUUUCGCAAGCAGCUGGCGCUCGACCUGGACAACAACAACCUCAAUGACUUCGGCGUGCGGGAACUGCAGCCAUGCUUCAGUCGCCUCACUGUCAUCAGACUCAGUGUGAACCAGAUCACUGACAGUGGGGUGAAGGUGCUAUAUGAAGAGCUGACCAAAUACAAAAUUCUGACAUUUUUAGGCUUAUACAACAACCAAAUCACCGAUGUCGGAGCCAGGUACAUCGCCAGAAUCCUGGAUGAAUGCAAAGGCCUCACACACCUGAAAUUGGGAAAAAACAAAAUAACAAGCGAAGGAGGAAAGUGUCUCGCUCUGGCUGUGAAGAACAGCAAAUCCAUCUUUGAAGUUGGGAUGUGGGGCAAUCAAAUCGGUGAUGAAGGAGCAAAGGCCUUCGCAGAGGCUCUGAGGAACCACCCCAGCUUGACCAACCUGAGUCUUGCAUUCAAUGGCAUCUCUACAGAAGGAGGAAAGAGCCUCGCAUGGGCCCUGCAGCAGAAUGCAUCUCUGAGAAUAUUCUGGCUUACCAAAAAUGAACUUGAUGAUGAAGUGGCAGAGAGCUUUGCAGAGAUGUUGAAAGUCAACCAGACAUUGAAACAUUUAUGGCUUAUCCAGAACCAGAUUACAGCCAAGGGGAUUGCCCAGUUGGCAGAGGCAUUACAGAAGAACACUGGCAUAAUGGAGAUUUGCUUAAAUGGAAACUUGAUAAAACCAGAGGAGGCCAAGGUCUUUGAAGAUGAGAAGCGGAUUGUCUGUUUCUGAGGGGAUGUUUUCCUGUGGGUGGGUUUUGGCCCUGGGGGCGACUCUGCAGUUGCCUAGCUUGGAUGGCAGCAUCCAGGGUCUGCUGAGGUGGGACUGCUAAAAAUCCUGCCUUCAUGGUGCAGAUCAGGUGGGCCCUCUGACUGGCAGAGUCCCUGAGUAGCUGUGACAAUUCUGCAGGAAAAGCAUGAGCCAUUUUAGUGGCUGUAAACAUUCUAUGAAGAGAUGUUAAUGCAUAGCCAUGAUUAUUUAAAUCUGCAACUAGAGGAAGGAGACUUGGAGCUCAUACAAAUGCCUGCCCAGAGGCCAGGGGGAGCAAGUCAGUCACUUCCAUGUUCACUGAAGAGUGGAGACAUGGUGCAAAGUUGGCACCAUGUUUCUUGGGGGGCAAAGGUGCUCAACAAAGGAAAGUGUUUUACCUGAAAUACUGUCUUCCUCCUCAGUACCUCCCCAAGUGUUGAGACUAUUCCCACCUCAAACUGUAGCCACUGAGGGGGUGCAGUGUGGGGGUUUGACUCCUCCAAGGCUCUGUAGGGAGUUGGUGCCAAAGGAAGGCCCCACCAUGGACUUUUGUCUUAGUCCUGGAGUUUCACUGUCUGCUGACAAAGAUGGCAGGAUGCCCUCUUCACCAGUCUGAGGGACAGGACAACGUCUUCACAAUACUGAGGCUCCACUCAGGGCUUUUGUGGGAUGGAACCGACCUCCAGAAGGCUGAUGCUAUGGGCUCUGCCCCAGGAAGACGAAUCAGUACCAUUCUCCAAAAGGAAUAAAGGCCUGGUGUGCCCUUGUGGCCGAGGCAUCCAAACUGGAGCUUCUCUCUUGCCCUGUGGAGAAAGGGAAGUCUCCUCCUGCCCCUGAGCAGUUGUGAGGAUGGCUGUGUUGGAGGCAAGGCUCAGAGUCACUGAGAACUCGGCUGGGAGAGCAUGAUAGAUCCCUGCCACCAUGGCAGGCAUGCGGUGGAUGCUAAAUGGGGGGAAGGAGGAGGUUUUCCCAGAUAACUCAUUCGUUUGCCAAUUCAUUUGUUAGUAAAAUACUGAAACACUCAUUAUUUCUAAUUGA